AUGAGCAACAACCAAGACGACGCCAAAGCAUUUUUUCGACAAUAUGCAGCCGAGAUAGCCGAAGCCUUGCGGGAGCAGGACGAUGGUCCCAGAGUUUCCAGCGUUGAGGAAUCGGUUCCAGAAUUGUACAGGUCCCUGUGUUUCGACGAGCCAAUUAUUGACGGCACUUCAGCCAACUUUUCAGUGGUGGUUUCAGCUUUGUCGCGGCAGCUCGUUUCAUCAUCAUCACCCUACGCUUUGUCGGAUCGGUUGGUGAAUGGAGUUUUGUACUUAUCGAAACAGAGUACAAAUUCCAAGACACAAAAUGAGACCGCGAAGAAUCAAGACUCAAUAGCGAUCGCCAAGUUGGCCUUUUCUGUGUUUGUGAAAGUUCCUCUCAACAUCUGUGAAAACAUCAACAAUAUUGCAGCUGUAAGAAAAUAUUUGGGGUCAUAUAAGGGGAAUUUAUCGAGAAUGACGGUAGCGAUUGACAAUGUGGCUAGUGGCGAAAAUCCGAUAAAUGAUGCCAAGAUUGAUCAGGCAGUGAAACAACUCAGCGAUGGAUUGAGUGGAGCAGCAAUAUCACCGUCUGACAACAAGACAGACGACAAUUCGCUAGGUGAAGUCUGGGCUGUGGAAUCGGAUCCAUCCGACUAUGAUUACGGAGAGGGAGCUCCUGAGUAUCCACUACAGUCCAGCUUUCAGUUUCAGGAAGAUGAUUGGUUAGACCCGAAACGACUUUCCAAACCGGAUCCAACACUAUUACUAGGUCAAGCGCAAUUUGCUGUGGGAUCACUGCUGAAACAUGCCAGCUACAAUGUUCUGGAACCCUUAUUUUCACUCUCGGAAAAGGAAGUCAAAUCCUUUACAACCGAUUUGUCGCAUCUGAUAUUCAAUUUGCUGCAACCAAAGAGUCCUCUUGCAAAUGACGAGCCCAAUAUGGACGCGGCACUGCAAGAUGCGAUUUUGACGCCGUUGUGGGUUUUACGAGAUGCCGCAAUAUAUAGUCUGAGCAAGAAACAACAGCAGCAGGGAUUAGAUUCAACGUACUUGGAUGUACUUCACACACUUCUAGCCGUCGAUCAAGCACAUUUGGAAGAUGUAGGUGGAGCUGUACCAUCAUCUCAAAAAAGGACAGAUCUUUGUACGGCGUCCAUUGUGGGUCUCUCCGCCUUGUCAUCUUGGUGCGGAAUGGCCGAGAUCUCCACCCAGUCCACGAUAUCGUCAGUGAUUGAUGCCAUGAAUGAUCUCUCUCACGUCAUUGAACGAGCCAGCGAUCGAUACAAAAACAAUCUGCUGCAUUCGGUUAUCCCCAUGUUGGAGCUACUCAGUGGAAUCACGUACGAAAAGGCCAAGAGCAUCCCUGCCAAUCCCAAAAUUGCACAAGCUCUAUUGAAUUCUGGAUUCUUACGCCAGCUACUUCUAGUGGGCCUGAGUGGAGACUUGAGCACGACGCAGAGUUUCCAUCACGCGCUCUGGGGAUUGUCCGUGGCCCAUCCCACCACGGUGGGCAAAUAUGUGGCUCGGUUUCCAGAAACCAAAGACUUGGUCCGACACUACUUGGUGACAAAAGACUCUACCCCGAAACAGUGUGUGGCCAGUGUCUUGUGGAAUGGAUUUGGAUGGAUUCAUAUGGAUGCCUCGACUGCACAGACUGCUCCAAGAGUCGUGUGGAAGACCAAGGCGGCCCAACAAAAAGCAGUGUCACCUCCACUUACUAAGGAUGAAUGCCUUGAAGUAUGUCAAAAAGCCUGGACUCAAUUGUGCCAGCUGGUGGCGUCCUCGCUGCAAACAGCAGACAAGGACUUGGAAGCAGCCUCGGAAGCUUUGGACGAAUGGGAUCGGUUGUUUUCCUUUGUGUCAGUCCAUGCCGUGUCGCCAAGUUUUCAUCAAUUGUUGGACGAGUCACAAAUCCAAUCUGUGGCCAAAGUCUUGUCCAGCAUUCCACAGCCUGAAAAGCCCGAGCUAGAACCAUUAGUAGCAGAAGAAGCAGAGGGUGGAACGGAUCCCGACGACAAGCGAAAAAAACCCAAAUCGACUCAUCAUUUGGUUCUGUCGCGAGCACGAAAGAUAAUCAAACAGUAUACACUUUUCUUUCAAGGCAGAGCUGGGUCAUCCAAGACGGAUUAG